GCGGGCGGCCGCGUGGCGCUGCGCGGUUGCUAGGGCCGCUUCGGCAGAGGAAGAGGAAGGAGCCGCGCGGGGCAGAUCGGGGAUUGGACCCUCGUUCUCCCCUCCUCUUUAGACUGGGAACCCCUUGUAGGGGCCCGUUGAUCCUCCGUCUACCCCGGCGCUUAGUACAGCCCUGGGCACACGGCCGCGGACGAUUAUGGGACCGGGAGCGUCGGGAGUCCCGCGGACUGGGGCCCGUCCCCUCCGGCCGUGACAUGGCCCCCCAUGGCAUCCGUGGGGACCGAGCCCUAUAGCCCGGGCCUGUGCCGGGGGUCCGGCGGCCCCCCGGAGAUCCCCCAGCCCUGGGCUCAGGCCCGGCGGCAGGUCAAGCCCAUCUGGCGUCUAGAACAGAGGCCGGUGGGGACGCUGGUGGAGCCGGGGCUCCCGCCCCCGCCGCCGGCCGGGCUCCCGCGCCCCGCGACGCUAUGCGUCCCUCCCGCGGGGGGCGGCGGGCCCAGCCCCCCGCCCGUCCCCCCGCAGCCCCCGCCGGACCCGGCCGGAAGCACCCCGCUCUACCGGCGGGCCAGCCUUAGACACAAGCCCUACCAGCGCCUCGAGUCCAUCUGCCUGCGGUCCGGGCCCGGGGACGCCGGGACCCUCCCCGUCCCCUGCCGGGGCCCCCUCUUCAGCGCCCCGUCACCUCCGGCGGGGGCCAUGGGAGAGAGGAGACCCGGCCCGGCCCCGCCGAGGCUCCCCCAGCCCGGCCCGCCCACCCCCUUCAAGCCGCUGCUCAGCAACUCCUUCCUGAGGCCGCACAGCGCCCGGGCGCCUUCCCAGCGGACCCCGGAGAGCCGGAAGCCCCCCGCGGCCCCCGCCGCCCUGCCGCCCGCCCCCUGGGCCCACCCCGGGCCCACCGGGGACGGGCCGCCGGGCCCGGCCGAGCCCGGGACCCCCGAGCUCCCCGAGGGCCCCCGGGUCGCCGGCCGGGAGAUCCGGCUGACGGAGGCGGUGCGGAGGCUGGCCGGGCCGGGCGGCGGGCGCCCCGGCUUCGAGCCGGCCUGCCUCCUGGACCCCGGCUCCCCCAGAAACCCGUGGGGCGGCACCGGGAGCCGAUGGAAGCCGCCCCUCCAGGACCCCGGGGCCGACGGCCCCCGCCCGCCGCCCUCCAAGCUGCCCAGCGUGGCCGACGUGGCCGUCCGCAUCUCUUCCGUCCGGCUGGGCCCCCCGGGGGGAGAGAUCCGGAAGACCCCCGGGGAGCGGGGCCCGCCCGGGGAAGACCCCGAGGACCCCGGACCCCAGCCGGGCUCGGCCGAGUCCGAGGCCCCCGAGGACGUGGAGGAGGAGCUGGCGGACGGCCUGGGGGACGGCUGCAGCCAGGACGAGGAAGAAGGGUCCGAUGACUCCGAGGACGACUGCUCUUCCGCCAGCUGCGUCUCUCCCAGCGGCUCCGUGGCCGUUAUCUCCCGGAGCUGCAUGGAAGCCCUGACCAAGAGCCAGGACAAGGUCCUCCGUGCUGCCCUCACCUCCAGCCUCUUCCCCAACGUCCCCCCCACCCUCUACUUUGGGACCCGAGAUGAAAGAGUGGAGAAGCUGCCUUGGGAGCAGAGGAAGCUGCUACGCUGGAAAAUGAGCACGGUGACCCCCAACAUCGUCAAACAGACCAUCGGCCGCUCCCACUUCAAAGUCAGCAAAAAGAACGAUGACUGGCUCGGUUGCUGGGGCCAUCACAUGAAGUCUCCCAGCUUCAAGACCCUCCGGGAACACCAGAAGCUGAACCACUUCCCGGGCUCGUUCCAAAUCGGGCGGAAGGACCGGCUGUGGCGGAACCUGUCGCGUAUGCAGAUCCGCCACGGCCGGAAGGAAUUCGACUUCUUCCCGCAGUCGUUCAUCCUGCCCCAGGACGCCAAGCCCCUGCGCCAGGCCUGGGAGGACGGCGGUGGUCGGCGCAAGUGGAUCGUCAAGCCGCCAGCGUCCGCCCGAGGCAUCGGGAUCCAGGUCAUCCACAAGUGGAGUCAGCUGCCUAAGCGCCGGCCUCUUCUGGUGCAGAGAUACCUGCACAAACCCUACCUCAUCAGCGGCAGCAAGUUCGACCUGCGGGUCUACGUCUACGUCACCUCCUACGACCCCCUCCGCGUCUACCUCUUCACAGACGGGCUGGUCCGCUUCGCCAGCUGCAAAUACUCCCCUUCCAUGAAGAGCCUCAGUAACAAGUUCAUGCACCUGACCAACUACAGCGUCAACCGGAAGAACGCGGAGUACAAGGCCAACGCCGACCAGACGGCCUGCCAGGGCCACAAGUGGGCCCUGAAGGCUCUGUGGGCCUACCUGAACCAGAAGGGAGUGAACAGCGAGGCCAUCUGGGAGAAGAUCAAGGACAUGGUAGUCAAAACCAUCAUCGCGUCGGAGCCGUACGUGACCAACCUGCUGAAGCUUUACGUGCGCCGGGCCUACAGCUGCCACGAGCUCUUUGGCUUCGACAUCAUGCUGGACGAGAACCUGAAGCCCUGGGUGCUGGAAGUCAACAUCUCCCCGAGCCUCCACUCCAACUCGCCGCUGGACGUGAGCAUCAAGGGCCAGAUGAUCCGAGACCUCCUGAACUUGGCCGGCUUCGUCCUGCCCCACGUUGAGGACCGGGGAUCCCCCUCGGAUGGACUCUGCGCUUCCACCCCCAGCGCCCCGAGCCCCGCCGGGGGCAAGGACCGCCUGGGUCCAGAGUACUUCUUGGCGGAGAAGUUGAAGCACGCGCACUUCCUCAUGCAGAAGCUGCCCGACCAGGAGCUGUACUCGUCGGUGCUGGACGUGCUGACCCCGGCGGACGUGCGGGUGCUGGUGGAGACGGAGGACGAGUUCUCGCGCCGCGGCCAGUUCGAGCGCGUCUUCCCCACGCGGGCGUCCGCCCGCUACCUGCGCUUCUUCGACCAGCCGCGCUACUUCAACAUCCUCACCACCCAGUGGGAGCUCAAGUACCAAGGCGGCGACAAGUUCAGGGGGGUGGACCUGCUGCGACGGUGGUGCUCUAAGGGGUUUCACGCGGGGAUCGGCAACGACUCGGAUUCUGCUCCCGUGUGGACCCUGCCUCGCUCCCACCUCCUCCUGAAAGGCGACUCCUUGGUCCACAGCCUCUGCAGCCCAGAUGUGGGCAAGCUGGGGAAGCCCCCCCACAUCAAGGAGGCCGAGGACGGCCCCCCCGGCCCCUCCGGGCAGGCUCCGCCCCUGAUCAAGACCCCGGGGCAGCCCGACGGACCCCCGGCCGCGGACGGCGAGCCUCCGGCCCCCGAGUGAGCC